AACUAAUCUUAUACAGACAGCUAGCUGCUUCUAUUUUCAUACCAUUAAAGAUUUUAAGCCAAAAUGGGCUACCCUCUUUUGCUAGCUUUCUGUUACAUUUUGCUGUCUUCAAACUCACUAGUUUCAAUUGCAGAAGAUAUUUUGAGGCCAAACCAGGUUUUUACAAAUGGCCAGACUUUGGUGUCUUCAAGCCAAAGCUUUGAGCUUGGGUUCUUCACCCCCGGAAGCUCAAAAAACAGUUUCUUGGGUAUUUGGUACAAGAAUAUUCUCCCUCAAACUGUGGUUUGGGUGGCCAACAGAAACAACCCUAUUAUUCCUGGUUCUUCUUCAGCAAGUUUAUCUCUAGGCUCUUCGGGGUUUUCGAUUUCCACUAAUGAGUCUCUGAUUGUGUGGUCUGUGAAUGUAUCUGUGGUCUUAAAUAGUCCCAUAUUGCAGCUCUUGGACAAUGGCAAUCUGAUCUUGAGAGAUGAAAGUGGUGCAGAUGCAGAGGGGUAUGUGAUUUGGCAGAGUUUUGAUGACAUAACAGACACUUUGUUGCCGGAAAUGAAGCUUGGCUGGAAUUUGGUCACAGGUUUAAACCGGAAUAUGACGUCAUGGUUGUCCUCCAGUGACCCCUCUGCCGGAGAAUUUACUUUCAGUGUGGAAAGGCCUGCUCAAGCACCUCAGUUGGUGGUUACGAAAAGGUCUGCGAAGCUAUAUAGAUGGGGGCCUUGGGAUGGAGUCAGAUUCAGUGGUAGCAAUGAGCUCAAGUCCAAUCCGAUUUUCACUCCAAUGUUCAAUAUAAGCAGUGAAGAGGUCUAUUACACAUUUGAACUUAUAGACAAUUCUACUUUAUCAAGGUUUGUGAUGAAUCAAGAUGGCUCGGUUGAAUAUUUUACUUGGAGAGCAAGCAACAAUCAAUGGGGUGGUGUGGUGACACUUCAACAAAACACUUGUGAUGGGUAUGGAAUCUGCGGUCUUUAUGGUAGUUGUGACUCCAAAGGUCCUAGUUGUAUGUGUUUGAAAGGAUUUGCUCCCAAGUCACCACAGGAAUGGCAGCAGCUCACUUGGACCGGAGGCUGUGUGCGAAAUUGGGACUUGGAUUGUAAGAAUGGAGAUGGCUUUGUUAGGUACAAGGGAUUGAAGUUGCCAGAUAAUUCGUUCCUGUUUGCAAACAGGAGUUUGAGCCUCAAGGAAUGUGAGGCAGAGUGUUUGAAGAACUGUUCUUGUAUGGCUUAUACUAGGAUUGAUAUUCAUGCAAGAGGGGGAGACUGUGUUAUGUGGUUUGAUGAAUUGGUUGAUAUGAGAAACUAUCCUGAUGGUGGAGAAGAGAUUUAUAUUCGAAUGGCAAGAAAAGAACUAGAGUCUAUUGCUGAUGCUAAGAAGAAAAAGCGAGUGAAAGUGGUUGUCACCAUUGUCAUUUCAUCACUUAGUGGGACGCUUAUUUUUGGUGUUGUUGUCUGCAUCAUUAAUCGGAAUAGGAAGACAAAGAGGAGAGCUGAAAGGACAGAAGCUCCGUAUCAAGUACACAGAGAAGAAAUGCAGGAAGAGGACCUCGAGUUACCUAUUUUGGAUUUUGAUUCUAUUUCAGCUGCUACUGACAAAUUCUCCAUAGCAAAUAAAAUUGGAGAGGGUGGCUUUGGUACCGUAUAUAAGGGUGUAAUAUUACCUUCUGGGCAAGAAAUUGCAGUGAAGAGACUGUCAAUGCAUUCUGGACAGGGCCUCCGAGAAUUCAAGAAUGAGGUUGUCUUGAUUGCAAAGCUUCAACACCGGAAUCUUGUGAAGCUCCUGGGAUGCUGUAUACAAAGAGAAGAAAAAAUGCUUAUUUACGAGUACCUUCCCAACAAGAGCUUGGACCGAUUCCUAUUUGAUAGAACAAGAAAAGAAGUAUUGACUUGGAGGAAACGUUUUGACAUUGUUAUGGGAAUUGCGCGAGGACUACUUUAUCUUCAUCAAGACUCCAGGCUGAGAAUUAUCCAUAGAGAUCUCAAAGCAAGCAACAUUUUACUAGACAGUGAGAUGAAGUCCAAGAUUUCUGACUUUGGAACAGCAAGAAUUUUUGGGGGAGAACAGACUGAACAAAUGACCAGGAGAGUGAUCGGAACAUAUGGUUAUAUGUCUCCAGAAUAUGCUAUGAGUGGACACUUCUCUGUGAAAUCAGAUGUAUUCAGCUUCGGUGUGUUGGUCUUGGAGAUAAUAAGUGGCAGAAAGAAUUCAGGAUUUCAUCACCCUGAACAUGACCUCAAUCUUCUAGGACAUGCAUGGAAUCUGUGGAAUGAAGGAAAUCCAUUGCAACUGCUGGAUGCCCAUAUAGAGAAAUCUUCUUCUGUCAAUGAAGUGAUAAGAUGUAUUCAAGUAGCUCUUUUGUGUGUGCAGCAACGGAUGGAUGAUAGACCAACUAUGUCAACUGUUUUAUUGAUGUUGUCUAAUGAGAAUUAUUUGAUGCCCCAACCGAAAGAACCUGGUUUUAUUACUGAACUUCUUCCCAUGGGGGAUACAUCAUCAAGCGGAAAGAAUCUUCAUACCGCUAAUGAUGUAACAGUCACAAUUCUAUCUGGACGGUAAAUGAAUCAUUCAAUUGUAUGACAGAAUCAUAGAGGAAUUUAAAUGUACAAAUGACGAAGAGAAAUAAAUCUUCAGUCUUUCUUUUUGUACAGUUCAUCAUAUAGGAAAUUCAUUGAAUGUAACACAUCCUUGGUGAUACAGAAGUUCUGUAUGUAAUCACACAGAUUUUGAGUUUCUGAUGUACAGCAGUUGUAUUUCAAAUCACACUAAUCUAUGUGUAACAUCCCAACCCGGAUUAAUCGAAACGAAAUAUAUCAAAAUGAAAUUAAACCACAUCAUCAUAUAGACCUUGUCGUCUAGGUUAAAUAAGAUACCUGAGUC